UUUUAUUGACUGACUGACUGACUGAUUGUUUUGUUUAUUGGAGUGUUGCAAUGUUUACUUGUAAAAUGGUCAACUAAAACCACCCCGCAAUAAUAUGAAAUCAGACCAAAUAAUUGUGAAUUUGUUCCUGUGUUUCGUUUUUGGUGCAACCAUUUUUAUUUACGGCUUCUUUCCUAUUUCAUUCAAAAAUGGUAAAACAGCCACCGCAGACGAUUUACCUGAUGUUGUUCUUGAUGUUCCACUCAACACGAGCGGUUAUCGUUCACGUCACUCCCAUUCAGUAUUAAUGGUUAUCGAUGCCAUGCGAUUGGAUUUUGCGAUGCAAAAUGAAUCAAUGAAAUAUUUCUCCAAAUUGAUGAAGAAUGACGAUGCGUGUCUAUUUCAUCUUAAAGUUCAACCGCCAACUGUUACACUGCCAAGAGUAAAGGCAAUGAUAUCAGGAACCGUUCCAAACUUCAUAGACGUUGUGCUCAAUCUGGGCAAUUCAGAAUUAAAGACUGACUCUUUCGUUCACCAAUUGCUGCUAAAGAAGCAGAGGAUAUCAUUUUGUGGAGACAACACUUGGGUGAAAAUGUUUCCGAAUAAAUUCCAUCGACAGCUGGAGAACAUGGAUUCAUUGUUUGUGAACGAUUUUUACGAGGGUGACAAAAAUAUUACUCAUCGGCUUGAAAGUGAGCUGAAGUCUGCGGAUUGGGAGCUGCUGAUUUUACACUAUUUGGGACUUGAUCACAUUGGACACGUUGAAGGCCCGAAAAGCCCAAAAAUCCAUACGAAGUUGCAAGAAAUGGAUAAUGUUAUCAUGAGAAUACAUCUGGAGAUUUUAGACUGGAAAAAACGACUGAAACUUCCAUCAUUGUUUCUAAUCACCGGUGAUCAUGGAAUGAGAGAUACAGGUGGACACGGAGGUAGCACUUUUGGUGAGACAAACAUUCCUUUAAUGGUCGUCGGUGCAGGAUGCCGACAAACUGAAGAGAUCUAUCAACAAAUUGACAUUGCUCCGACUGUGUCUGUACUACUGGGACUACCGAUACCAGAUUCAAGCAUUGGAUCGUUGAUAACGGAUAUGCUUGUCGAUUUAAGCUACGAAGAUCAACUGUAUGCGUUGAACUACAAUAGCGAGAGACUUCUCAAAAUGAUUACCGAAAAGAUUACAGAAAGUGAGCUUCGGAACAACGAAUUUUUCACUCAAUUAAUGGAAGCCAAGGUCUUACACGCCAAGUUUCUACGUAAAACGGAGAACCUUGAAAUUGCCUACAAACGUUGCAAGCUGCUCUACUCGUCGUCAUCCCGAGCAAUGAGUGACCUCUUAUCAACUUUCUACGUUAAAUAUGAUCAAAUAAGCGUAGCACUGGGCGUAGCAUUGAUGACUGCGACGUGCAUCGUUCUUAUACGCUUUGUGAUGUCAGAUAAUUUCAGCGACACCAUAACCAUCGGUUUGAAAAUUCCAACGGUCAUAUCCAUUUGUGUAUUGAGUGCCGCUCUGAAGCAUUUAAUAUGCGAGUUCUCUGACUGUAGUUUAUGCUUGAAUCUACCCGUCUCGUACAUAUUCACACUAGCUACGGUGGUUGUGACAUUCUUCUUGCUUACAAUGUCAAAUUUAAAAUCGAAUUGGUCGAACAUCCAGUCAACAUUUUCCGGUUCAAAGUUGAUUCGAAUUUUAUUGUUUGCAACGUUGGUUCAUACAUUUUCACUUGCCAGUAGUUCGUUCGUUGAAGAAGAGCAUCAGACGUGGUACUUCAUUACUCACACUUUUUUGCUGAUUAUUUGUAUAAUGUCGCUGAAAAAGCGGCAGACCGAGCAAUGGUUUCUGAAUGCGGAACUGUUAAAACCCGAAAAUCGACAGAAACGAACCGGGGCUUGGAGUGUGUUCGAACGGUUCUUCUUCGAAUUCAAUUGGUUUAUGCUAUUCGGGCUUCUGUUGGUGGGACGACGACUAAAUCAAACUGGUGAUAAAUGGCUUAGUUUACCGGACAUUGGAGAUUUUUUGACCACGGAAGAGCAUCGCCUGUGGAAUAGUUGCUUUGUGGUCGUUUCUCUGUGCGCCAUGAUCUACAAACUAACCGAUUUUAAUGGGACCCUGACGAAUGUCUUAACGUUUACAGCCGCGGUGCUAAUUUAUUAUUAUCGCACGUUAAACGGCCACGUAUACUUUGCUGGAAUCAAACCAUCUGAGUCACAUUCUUCCAUCACGAUUUUCUGGUUGAACAUUCUCGAAAUCGUUUGCAUCAACUGUGUCCCGAUUUUCUACAAAUAUUUAAAACGGACCCAUUCAAGAGCCGAUCUGCAAAACGCCCUCGGUGUCAACGUUACGAUAUUUUGCCUUGUUUCGGCACUGUUGCACAAGCCACACAACAUUUACCUGAAUUUUGUGAUUUUAUUGACAUGCGACAUGCUCAACACUUCGUGCAACCAGCUGUUCGGCGGACGAAACAAUUUACUGGUUAAAGUGGUGGGACACUACUGGAUCGGCAAAAUGUUUUUCUUUUAUCAGGGAAAUUCAAAUAGUUUGGCUUCGAUUGAUCUCAAUGCCGGCUACGUUGGCUUGCAAAAUUUUAAUUUUGCCACAGUCGGUGUGUAUCUGACGCUGAACACAUUCAAUGGACUUAUACUGACUUACCUAAUUCUUCUAUACAAUAUAUUUGAUGUACAGAGCAACGAUCGAAGCAAAAGCGACAUUCCUUACACCAUGGGACUCACAAGUCUUCUAGUCAUACUUCCAUUUACGUUUUACGCGUUCGUUACCAUCUGGUUCCAAAGUCACAUCUUCAUUUGGACCGUAUUUUCGCCAAAAUUAAUUUACGAAUUUUACCAUUUAUGUUUAGUUAGUUUUUUAAUUUGUUUAACUCGAAUUUUCCACAAAUUUGUUUAUUAAAUGAGUGCUGCAAAAAGCAUUGCAAAGGCC